AUGAAUGCAACAAGUUAUAACGGAGUGGAUGGCAAGGAUGAUAUUCUAUCCUACUUGGAAAAAUUAUCCAAAACGGAACUUGAAGCCUUAUUAUCUGAUCAUGAAGGCAUAAAAAAGCUAGCUAAAAAUUGUCCUGAUAUUAAAAAGAUCGAGUCUGACAAAGAAGCCUGCAUGAAUGAAAACCGACGUCAAGCUGAAGCAAAUCUAUCUAUGGAACCAACUUUCAAUAUGAUCAAAACGGAGCUUGUAGAAACCUAUUCUAAUUACAGACAAUUAGAAAAUGAAUAUAUGAAACGUAAAUCAGAAGUUGACAACAUCGGUACAAAAUACUCUCCGAGUGUAAUUCUUGCUUUGUUACAAACUGCCAACGCACAAGCAGAAGAACAAUCUGAAGAACUGGCUAGUCGAUUUCUUGACAAAGCCAUGGAUGUUGAUGCAUUUUUGAAAGAUUUUAUUCCUCUUCGUAAACUAUGUAAUGAACGUAGAUUUAAAUGCGAAAAGUUAGCGGAGCAAUUAUCGUCUGGUCAUAUAAGGGCAUCAAGCUUUUCCAAUACUCCUCAUUCAUCAUAUGUACCUAAUGUGAUGACGAAUUCAGAUGUGUCAGCCAGUACAUCACAGCUUUAUCCUUCAUUACUAUCUCUAAGUAGUACGAGUGACCAUUUACCAACAACUUAUGGCUUUAAAAUGUAA